CAGAUGUAACAGUCAACAAAAAUAUGUAUGACAUUGAAGAGGGCAAAAAUGUCAAACUUCAAUGCAUUGCCAACGGGAAACCAUCCAAUUUUGUGUAUGGGUGGAGGCACAUGUUCCGUGAUAAAGUUAUUCGAACCUUUAAAACAAACUCACAAAUUCUCUCGCUGGAAAAUUUGUCAUAUCAAGAUUUUGGACACUAUGACUGCAUCGUAAAUAAUGGUAUCGAGGAUCGUCAGGGAAGAUUAAAUCAGACAAAUGGAACAGAAGUUGAAGUAAAAUAUAAACCGAUUUUUAUCAACUUCAACACAGAUAUAACUGCCAAAGUUGGAGAGAAUGUCAUAAUCGCGGUAGAUUUUAUUACUUUCCCUGAUAUAAAUGGAGUAAUCCAAUGGACAAACUCUACUAGUAAUUCAAUUGUGAUCAAUAGUUCUAAUUUGUUUACAACCUUGGAGAGGCACACUGCCAAUACAACCAUAUACGGGAGGAAUGUUUCAGUCUAUACAUUUAGUUACCGAUCAGCUUUGGUACUUUCAAAAUUUAGGAUUGACCAAGCCGGUUUCUACAGUUUUCAAGUCAACAACACUGUCGGAGGAAACAACAUAACGCUAAGAAUUGUAGUAUCUGAUCGGCCAAAACCACCCACACAAUUUUUCGCAAGCGUUAUUGGAAGCACUACGGUUACCCUAGCAUGGACAAGUGGAUAUAAUGGAGGAAAUCAACAAACGUUUAUAAUUUUAUAUUGGGAAAUUAAUUCUGAAGGCAGACGUUCUAAAAACGUUACAGAACUCAGUGAAAAAAAUGAUUAUGAAGAGAUUAUACAGGAUCUAUUGCCUUCAACGACAUAUAUGUUUGUUAUCAAUUCAAAAAAUGUAGAAGGGAUAUCUGAUGCUGCCAAUAAUACAGUCAUUUAUAAGACAAGGGGCAUUUCAGAAACAUCAACUUCUAUUCUUGGCCCAAUUAGUGGUUUCUUUGGUGGAACUAUCUUUGUCAUACUUAUCAUUGUGAUAGUUGUUUUCGUCAUGAGGAAGAAAUCGGGAAAGACGAUUAGAAAAACUGAUAGGAACAACUUGACAUUGACCUCAAGAGAAGCGGGUGACGAAGAUGGUCUGAAAAUCAAUGAACUUUAUGAAUCGGCUGGUGAUGACUUCAAUCGAUGCAAAGAACCGGGAGAUGUCUAUGCAGUUGUUGAUAAAUCCAAUAGGGAAAAGUCCAAUGCAAAGCAAAAUACUCACGAAACUGCCCUGUAUGCUGAAGUGUGUAAAAGAACAGAUGCGCCAAUCAAAGCAACAGUAGGCUGUAAUCCUGAAAGCAAGAAGAAACUGAAAACAAACAAAAAGGGAAAAACCAAAAUCGAAAUAAAAAGAAAUGACGAUGUUUACGAAAAUGUAGGUGAAGUAAACCACAGACAGGUAGCUUCACAAAACAAGAACAAAGAUGGUCUUGUAUACGCCGACCUUGUUUUCAACGAUGAUGGAGGGAGAAGAUUUGUAAUUCGGGGUAUAGAACAUAAAACAGAUUAUGCUGAUGUAGAUUUGAGUAUCAAGGUAGACCCACUGCCAAGUGAUGAAAGCGACGAGGAGGAUGAACAAGUAAAUAAAAGUUCCGAGGAGUUCAGGAACCAAAAUAAUUUGUGAAUAUAUGUCGGUUAUGAAAACAAUCCUCAAUCUGUUUUUUAUGUAAUUGUAUUGGCUAAUUAUAAUAUAUUUUCUAAUGAAAGAAACAAGACUUGCAAACUAUUUAGUUUAAGUUAUUAAACAAUUUAAGAAUUAAAAAAAAACAUAAAUUAAAUUUAUUCAGCUAAAGGAUAGAUUAUUUUUUAUAGAAUUUUGUUGACAACAAGAAAGACGAUACUUUUAAACCUUUAUUGGUAAAGAACGAUAAUGUUUAAUAACAUAAAAUCAAAAAAAAAAAUUGGACAAACAGAUUAUGAACCCCUAUCCCAUACAAUACAAUGCACUUCUCCGUUCUAUAUACUAGUUCAAUAAAAACUAAAAAUAAUUUAAUUAACACAAAGGGACGCAUAUCUUAUCAAACUCAAUGAAGCUCGAAGUUAAAAAAAUAGCUCUGGGGAGCUUGUUUGACGCUGUGUCAUUGAUGUGGUUGUACAUGUAGAGAGCAUUUAGAGUUUGGGUAAAUAAUUCAAUUGCACGGAAUGAGAGUGCUCCAUUUUUUUAUCGGCAUCAUAGUAUUUUUCUAUUACAUUCAUCAAAGAGCAAACUAUUUUAAAGAUCCUUGUUCAGAACGUUCAAAAUUUUUCCUUACUAUAAUUAUCUGAUAGUGUUGGUAAUUUGCUUGUUUUUUGUGUAUUUUAACCAGUAUUCAACUAGACGUAUUAACAGUUUAACCAAUGUAUUUUAAAUCACCAAUGACCAUAACUAAGCACUAUAUAUACGGUAUUUGGUUUACUGAUAUGGCAUAUUUUGCGUUUAUUUUGGAUCUUUUUGACACUGAGAAAACGGUUCUCAGCUGUCUCUACAUUAUUGCAUCCAUUUCAAAACAAAUAGCAUGUUGUGUCACUACACAUUUUUACUGAUAAUUUAUCGGAAAUGUUUCAAAUAUUUGUUAAGUGUCUCCUUAGAUUAUUGCGUUGUCACUAACUGUACAUUAAUGUUUUUUCUUUGACAAACAUUGAGACAUGAACCAUGUCCAUUGAUAUUGGACCAGAGAUUGGACCUUCCAAACAGAAUAUAAUCGUCCACAAUAUUUUUAAGAACGAUCCAAAAAUAAAUUCUUAGGGAAGCCGAUGAAAUAAAGGUUAUUUAAGGUGUGCGGCGACGAUAGAUCCGAUAUGUUACUCAUGGUAUCUCUGGGAAAUGUCAUUAAUAAUUCACACUUCUAACACUAUAUUAUUUGUAAACGGGUUCGUAUUCAUAAAUAUAUCAUAUAUCUACUAUAUCGAAUUAUCCAAUUUAAUAAACAUCUAGAUCACUAGAGAAACAGACAAUUUAGAAUACUAGUAAUGCAGUUCUGCAAAUGUAACAGAAAAUUAAAACAUGCCGGGAAGAAAUGACACACUAUCUUAUAAAAGCGUUUAUCUCGGUGUUGAAAGAUAAACGAUACUUUCAUGACUGUUGUAGUUACGUCAACAUUAACAUAACGGCAUAAAACCAUACAGUAACGUGACAAAUAACAACGUCCAAAGCUGUUCAUAUGGAUGAAAGCGUUCGACCAAGUCUAAAAUAUAAUAGUUUUUUUUUCCCAAAUUUUCCGUUUGUUGAGGUAGUCUUUAAAUUUGUUUAAAUCUGUCAGUUUUUGUGGAAGUCAAACUUUGAAUUUAUCAUUGAAUUUUACUGAAUCUAUAUUAUAAAUAUAAUUAUAAUAUCUUAAAUAUUGUGCCAAAAUCUUAAAUAAGUUGACACUAAUAUACAUUCUAACUUACUUACUAUUGUAAAUUUUCUUAUUCAAUAAUUUAGUGCAUGUAAAUGUCUUUAUUAGCUAACAAUAUUAGUUUUUGCAUAGAGCAAGUUAUGUUUUGAACGACUGUUUGUGACUUCAAUGGUGAUUUUUGUCGAGCCUUCGACUUUUGUCGAAAAAGCGAGACAUAGCGAUCCUACAUUCCGUCGUCGGCGUCGUCGUAGUCGGCGGCGGUAGUGUCCACAAAUAUUCACUCCGUGGUUAAAAUUUUGAAAUUUUAAUAACUUUCUUAAACUAUCCCGAAUUUCUACCAAACUUGGACAGAAGCUUGUUUAUGAUCAUAAGAUAGUAUUAAGAAAUAAAUUUUGUAAAACAAAUUCCUGUUUAACCGUAUUUUACUUAUAAAUGGACUAAGUUUUUCUGACAGUUAACAUAACAUUCACUCUGUGGUUAAAGUUUUUAGAAUUUGAAUAAAUUUCUUAAACUAUCCUGGAGUUCUACCAUACUUGGACAGAAGCUUGUUUAUGGUCAUAAGAUAGAACAUGUAUCCAAAAGUAAAUUUUGCAAAAAGAAAAUCCUGUUUAUCCGUAUUUUACUUAUAAAUGGACUUAGUUUUUCUGUCAGCUAACAUAACAUUCACUCUGAGGUUAAAGUUUUUAAAACUUUCUUAAACUAUCCUGGAUUUCUACCAAACUUGGACAAAAGCUUGUUUAUGAUCAGAAGAUGGUAACCAGAAGUAAAUUUGCAUACCAAAUACUAAUUUACAAAAUAUAUAAAUUUGAAAAAAUAUAUUUCCUGUUUUUCCGUAUAUAACUUAUAAAGUAGGCGAGACACUGGGUUCCGCGGAACCCUUACAAUUUUUUUAAAUAAGUGUAGUAAUAUUUAUUGUAUCAAUGAAUAAAUUGAUGCAACAAAAUCCAAAGAAUUUAAAGGCAAUAUGGAAUGGCCUUAAUUGACCUUUUCGGUAUAUAUUUGUAUUGGUUCAAAAUUCAUUGUUUUAAAAUAAUUGAAAAAAUAUUGUCAUUCAGAAUGGAACCAACUAUUUUUCACAUUUUGCUGUUAUUUUUUUUUUUUUUUUUUUUUAUAAAGGUGUAAUACCACCAUUGAUUUCCCCCUAUUUGUCUUUGUUAAAUUUGCACUUUUCAAAAAAUUGUGCAGAAUUUAUCUUUGUUUCAAAUAAAGAAAUACUUGGCAUGAGUGAAGUUUUAUCCUGUCCAGUACUAUAGAAAAAAUUUCACAUAACAUUUCAUUGCAUAUAAGAAAAUAACCAUCACUGGAAGUUAACCAAUCAAAUUUCUCCCCUUAUUUAAUCUGUGUACAAGAUUUAGUAACCAUGUAACCUCAAGUUUACAAAAUAUUCUAUAGAAACCCCAAAUAAAAAAAUAAUGGUGCUUUGAAAUACUAAAGACAUAUGUUUAUGACAAAGAAAUGUUUUACUGCAAUAAAAUGUAGGAUUAAUAACCUACAACUGUCAAAUGCAAGGGAAUAUUUUUUUCGACCUAUUUUCGUAUACCGAUGUGAUGUACCAUGAUUCGGUGGUAUUACACCUAUAUAUUCUGAAACAGAGGAGGGGCGACAACUAUGUGCUGUGUGAAAAAAUUGUCGAGUCACAUGGUACGAUUUCAGCUUCCGUAUGACAAUUUAAUUGUUUUCAAAUGUACUCUAUUGGAUUCAUUAAACAUUUAGCAAGUUUUCUCAUAGACAGAUUGAAUGAUCACCAAGAAUGACUUUUACAUAAAAUAUCUAAAAAUGUUUGCUUGUUGUUGGUAAAUUAUAUGAUUAAGGAUUAUAUCUAUAAUAGCGGGAGUUGGUAUUCGAUCUCUGUUAAAAUACAUGGCACAGUGUUUUGUUAAUAUUUCGUUAAUUCGACAUUGAUAACAGUUAAAGAAUAUUGUGGAUGGAAUCGAGUUCUAUGAAUUAAACAAACAUCAGAAAAAUAUGAUGGAAGCAUUACAAUUUAAUAUUUCAACGCCGAAAAAGAGUAUAUGAAUGAGGACUACA